UCGUAACCCCCAAAGAAAAGGCAAAAACGCCAACGUGGAGUUUAGAGGGGCGGAAGUAGUCAGAUUUCACUGAGCCGGAAGGCGCGACCGACAGUCUCACUUUCCGGCUGGCGACAACCUCUCCGACUGUCAGUGCCGGCCUUCCGCGUGUAAGGGUAUCUGCAGGACCCUUCUUAAUUCAAUUUCGUUCCCCAUCCGGGCCCUUCCCUACCGUCGCCCCCUUCACCUUGGAUCAUGUUCAAGAAAUUUGAUGAAAAAGAGAAUGUGUCCAACUGUAUCCAGUUGAAAACCUCAGUUAUUAAGGGUAUUAAGAACCAAUUGAUAGAGCAAUUUCCAGGUAUUGAACCAUGGCUUAAUCAAAUCAUGCCUAAGAAAGAUCCUGUGAAAAUAGUAAGAUGCCACGAACAUAUAGAAAUCCUUACAGUAAAUGGAGAGUUACUAUUUUUUAGGCAGAGAGAAGGGCCUUUUUAUCCAACCCUAAGGUUACUUCACAAAUAUCCCUUUAUAUUACCACAUCAGCAAGUUGAUAAAGGAGCCAUCAAAUUUGUACUCAGUGGAGCAAAUAUCAUGUGUCCUGGCUUAACAUCUCCUGGAGCUAAGCUUUACCCUGCUGCAGUCGAUACAAUUGUUGCAAUAAUGGCAGAAGGAAAACAGCAUGCUCUGUGUGUUGGAGUCAUGAAGAUGUCUGCAGAAGACAUUGAGAAAGUCAACAAAGGAAUUGGCAUAGAAAAUAUCCAUUAUUUAAAUGAUGGGCUGUGGCAUAUGAAAACAUAUAAAUGAUCCCCAGAAGGAAUGCACUUGGGGAAAAACAUGGAUAUUGUGCUGUAAUUCCGUGUUUGUAUCUCUGUAUGGCAGCAUGAAGACACUGUCUCUGGUUAUGCUGAAUAAAUUCAACAGAUGCUAAAA